GUUUUCUGUUUCCUCUCUCAUUCUCUCUCUCUCUCUGCUUCACUCUUUGAAGACUGUACCUUUUAUUUUUUUUCCCACUUGAAAUUUGUUUGUAAAUAACAUAAAUAUUCGAAAUAAGAGAGACAGAGUCAGAGAGAGUUUCAAAGGUUUCUGUUUUGGUUUUUUGGAUUAUUUCUGAUUUGGGUUUUGCUUAAAAGCCUUGAUUUUUUUUUAUUGGGUUGGUAUCUAGAUUAAGCAAUAUUGAGUGCAAGUUUGGAUUUUUAAUCAUGGGUUUAGCUGAAACAGAUCACAGACUUCUUGUUGUUGUGUUAAACCGGCAGAGAUAUAGAUAUUAGUUGCUGAAGAAGCAAAAAAAAAAAAAAAGUUAAAUAUAUUUUUUUGUUCUGUUUUCUUUGUUUUUAUGAUACAAAUGGGUGAAGCUAGUGAAGAAGCUAGAAGAAGAGCAAUGGAAAGUCUUUCUUUGGAAAUAGAGAAGUACCCAAGAGAUCUAUUGCAGAGAUUUACGUGUAUGAGCAGCAACACACAGAAACAGAAAUCCAAUGAAGAAGAAGAGGAAGAAGAGGAAGAGGAGAUUGAGCUGAAUCUGGGUUUAUCAUUAGGUGGUCGAUUUGGUGUUGAUAAGAGCAAGAAGGGGCUGAUAAGGUCGUCUUCUAUAGACAUGUCAUAUAGGAACACAAUAGAUGUGUCGUAUAGGACUAAUACGACAGUGCUGACAAGGACUUCUUCUCUUCCUACAGAGACAGAGGAGGAGUGGAGGAAGAGGAAGGAGUUGCAGACAUUGCGGCGAAUGGCGGCGAAGAGAAGGCGGUCGGAGAAGCAGAGGAGUUGUAAGGCUGAGAGGGAAGAGGAGAGGAAGGAAAUUGAGAGUCCAGUGGGAUUGAAUUUGAGAGAUAGGCAACAGUCUCUUUCUCUGCCUGUGGCUAUGGCUAAUAGGCUUAAUUCCACUUUGUCUUUGCCUUUUGGGAUGCCCCCUUGGGAGAGUAAUAAACGUCUUCAAGCUCAAGGAUUGAGCACUUGUGGUGAAGCAAGAAGCUCUGCUAGUGAUCAGUCCUUACAAGAGCAAAGCAAUCAGGAGGCUGUAGGUUCUUCAAGUACAAAGGCCAAUGAAAAUCUGUGCAGAAGUUCCACAGCAGAGAUGGAUUCUCCAUCAAAGAAACCUGUUUAUGCGGAAAAUAGAGUGAAGGAGGUUGGGAUGAAUGCAAUGGAAGAUAUGCCUUGUGUUUUCACAAAAGGAGAUGGUCCUAAUGGGAGAAGAGUAGAUGGCAUCCUAUACAAGUAUGGGAAGGGAGAGGAGGUGAGGAUAAUGUGUGUAUGCCAUGGAACCUUUCUCUCGCCGGCAGAGUUUGUCAAGCAUGCUGGUGGUGGUGAUGUUGCUCAUCCACUUAGGCAUAUAGUUAUAAACCCUUCUUCUACUUCCUUUCUGUGAUGUUGGCUUCCUUGUCAAUUUUCAUCCCUUAAAAGAAAGGGUUGUAGAAUACAUUAAAUAGAAGAAAAGAAAAUUUAGAAGUAACAGCCUUUUUUUGUUGUUUAUUUUUUGUUAGGUUCUUCAAAGAGAACUGUUUUCUAUAACUUUUGCUCAUGUUAUGGAAGAGAUUAUAAAUGCAUCUCUUAGCAGUCCUUUAUUGA